AUGCAAUUCCACAACGGCACAGAUUGGAAUCGCCAUCACGGUGUUGGUGCGACUCUGUUGGAAAACUGGGUGGAAGAGCGGGCGGUUGGUGACCGAGUGUUGGAUGAGCGAGAGGAUAUUGCAAACCUGAGUAAAAACGGUCAUCGUGAUAUCUUGAUCCACGGCUUAGAAAAGCAGUACAAGACCACUACGCAGCGCGAGGCACAUAAGCCAUUCAAUGUUCUAGACAAAAAUGUGAAUCACUUGGGAAAGCGAAGUCAACUCGUAGAGGAAAAUCUUCUGAAAAAAGCUAUCGAGGAUGUGAAAGACACUCCACUUGACCGAUCAGCCAAGGGUUGGAUAUCAACUCAUCAAGCAGAUUUUGCUCACGAGGACGUAUAUGGAACAUUGAAGGAGCUGGGCAGCGAGCCACCAUCGGAGGCCGACAAAGCUCGUUUUGCCCAUCCCAUUACUUUCUGGUCGGACAGCGCAGUUAAAGGAAAUGGAACCACCAUCUCGUCAACACCCACAAAAGAUCUCCAACGCCUUCGAACGCCCAAUGGAACUACUGCUCCCGGUCAUGCCUCUGCGGCUGCUGUAUCGUUUGGGAAACAUUCAGAUUUCAGUACGCCAAUACAAGAGUAUGUGAAGGCAUCCAUCAAGGAUCUCUAA